AUGGCCUCCGCCGCGCUGCUCUGGGAGUGCGUGAAGUCCAACAACUCCUUCAUGCGGAAGAGCCCCGGAGCCGGCAACAAGACCAUGUCGGCUGAGCCGGGGAACCUCUGCGGCCUCCACUCGUUCAAGUUCAGCGGCAUCGCCAACGACAAGGUGCUGGGUCUCGCCCCGACCAAGACGGGCAAGAAGGACAAGAUCACCCUCACCACCAAGGCUGAGAUCAUGAUGUUCCAACCUACUUUAGCCUUGGCCACCAGAAAGACUUUCGCUAAGAAGCCCGCGAAGCUGUUCGAGCCGAAGGGGCUGAUCAUCGAGAAAGGUAUCAAGAAGAGCGCCAAGAAGGGGCCCGAGCAGCUGAAGAAGGUGAUUGAGGCGGGCUUCUACCGCAAGGACCUCCUCGACCUCGCCAUGGCCAAGUACGCGAAGAUUAGGACCUCCUUCAAGACGAAGAAGCUGACGGUCAAGUCCCGCCGGGCCAAGGCGUGA